AUGGCCGUCCGACCCAUCACCGGUAUGCUCCGACGAAACCUCGUCCUGGAUCUCAGCAUCGCUCUCGGCUCCGGCUUCGUCAUGGCCAACUUCUUCUGGUACGGCUUCCACAUGCCCCGAACCAACGCCCGCGACAACUACUACAUCAAACUCGAGGAGGAGCGAGCUGCUCAGAAGAACGAGUAA